AUCUUUUCGCGCGUUAAUCAAGUUGUAAACAUGGCGGGCGAAGAAGAAAUGAUUGUUGACACUCCUGAAAAGAAUACAACUCAACCCAAAAAAUCUGGUGGUUUCGAACUACCAUGGGUAGAGAAGUAUCGUCCAAUUCUGCUAAAAGAUAUCAUCGGAAAUGAAGAAACUGUAACCCGUCUUGCAAUUUUUGCCAAAGAAGGCAAUGUUCCUAAUGUUAUAAUAGCAGGUCCUCCAGGAACAGGAAAAACAACAAGUAUCCUCUGCCUGGCACGAGCUCUGCUUGGAUCAUCAUUUAAAGAUGCUGUUUUAGAACUUAAUGCUUCUAAUGACAGGGGCAUUGAUGUUGUUCGCAACAAAAUAAAGAUGUUUGCUCAACAGAAAGUAACUUUACCAAAGGGAAGACACAAGAUAAUUAUUUUAGAUGAAGCAGACAGUAUGACUGGUGGGGCCCAGCAAGCUUUAAGGCGUACUAUGGAAAUUUAUUCAAAGACAACUCGAUUUGCGCUUGCUUGUAAUUCAUCAGACAAAAUAAUUGAACCAAUACAAUCACGUUGUGCAGUGUUGCGUUAUUCUCGGUUGACAGAUGCACAAGUUUUGUCCCGAUUAUUGACUAUUUGCGAAAAAGAGACAGUCAGUUAUACAGAUGAUGGAUUACAGGCUAUUGUAUUCACAGCACAAGGUGAUAUGAGACAGGGCUUGAAUAACCUGCAAUCUACUUUUCAAGGAUUUGGUCAUGUUAAUAGUGAAAAUGUUUUCAAAGUAUGUGAUGAACCACACCCUUUGCUAAUAAAAGACAUGCUGCAACAUUGUGUUGAUGGUAAAAUAGAUGAAGCCUAUCAAGUCAUGUCACAUCUCUGGAAAUUGGGAUAUGCUCCAGAAGACAUUAUUGGGAUUGUGUUUCGUGUUAGCAAAACAUUUAACAUGGCAGAAUAUCUUAAACUAGAAUUCAUUAAGGAGAUUGGUUAUACACAUAUGCGAAUUGUUCAAGGUGUUAAUACUUUGCUACAGUUGUCUGCUCUUCUGGCCAGGUUGUGUAAAAUUUCUGCCAUAGCAAAAGAAGAUUCACAAUAAACUUGCAAAUAUUUUGAAUACAAACAAGGACUUUAAAAAUUUCAUACAAUAUUUGCUAAUAAAGAAAACAGUUUUAUGUAUCACAUGGAGGUUUUGUGGGGGAGGGGAAAGGGUUUGCAAUCCUAUCAUUUUAAAGAAUAAAAUGUGUAUUUCAGCCCUUCAAUAA